AUGGUGGGGCAGCGUCAGUCGGAUAGCAUCCUCAUCUCACUUCCCACGACCAUCAUUGAUCCACAGCCAUUCGUUGAAGCUGAUGAAGAGGUACCACUCCAGUCGCCCUUGACACGAUCUUCUCGUCCACCCAUUCGACAGCCCUCAGGCAGUCUUCUCAUCAAGACUGUCGAGUCAGGCGGUCGAGACCCGACAUUGGAUUGCAGCUCUAUUCUCGCUCUUUCACCUAAGCGAAACGGGCAGGCAUUCAUGUCCGGAUACAAGCAUAUCGUGCUCAAGCUUGCCUUCAUCUGGGUAGGCAUAUGCAUUUUGUCAUGCUUCGGCGAGCCUCGCUUACCGAUCUCAACCUCGCUGGAAUCUUUCAAGACAAAAUUAUACUCGGCUGGCCUCCCGAUCAUUUUACAGCAAUAUCAUCCCGGCUGGGAUCUCUCGUCGACAAGGGUGCAUCAUUGGCUAACACAAAUCCUGUUCAAACCUGGAAACCUCAACCCUAGCGUGCUCUAUUUGGGCCGCGAUCCGUCGAACUUCGACGCUCAUCUCGCUGUCGCCGACUUCCGCCCAGCAGACUCUUUCAUCAGGGUUCUGAAGCCGCCAAAAUUUCGGAGCAUCUCUUAUCGACAGAGGUACGGUCUUCUCGCCAUGAAGCUUAGAUCACACGAGGAGCCGCACUUCAUAGGGGUGCUGUGGAUCAAGAACAAGAGGACCUCGCAGAAAGUCGAGCGUUUCAUCAGCCGGCAUGGGAGACCUUUGAAUACGUUGGAGAACAGCGAGACUGGCUUGGAGGAUGUGCAGAGAGUCAUUCACUAUCAGAUGCUUUAA